AUGGAUACGAUCAUCGAGCAUCGUUCUCUUGCGAGAAUUUUGACCUCGUUAGCCGAAUCAAAGGAGGAACGAUCUCUCACUAGUCAUAUUGCUCGACAGCUAUCUACCUCACAAGAUGGAAAAGAAAAGGCCGUUCUGGCUGAAAUGUUGGCGUCAAUGUUAUUUGAAUCCCAAGAUAAAUACUCGGAGAAUGUCCUUAGCGAUUUUGUGAAAAGCUUGGUUCUUUCUACCACCGAUGAUCGCGAGGAAAUGAUACAUAAAAAACUUCAACUUGGCAGUCAAAUAGCUUUAUCAGUUCCAGCUAUAUUAGACAGAUUGCUUGGGGAGACCGAAUCGAUAAUUUCUACGCUCAUAUUUGCCGCCUCGAAAUCACACGCUGCCAGCGACGAUGCGUUCGAGAUUAAUGUGGAACCUUUCCUGGAUAAAUAUUGUUCCUUUAGACUCGAAAAAAACCAGAAGUCCGAAAGUCCAGAAUUUUUCCAAACUCUUUAUCCCGUCGUGAUUCAGCACCUUUGCUUCCUUAAGAUCAUUCUUCUUUCCGAUACAAAGGAAGCAGAAUUUGCCAGGACUCAUAUUGCUGAUAAGUCAGUAUUAAUACACCUCAUCUUCUCUUUGAUCGCUUUGAGAAACUUAAAAAUCGCCGAAUUAUCUUGCCAUAUCUUCCGCCUUUUUCUUGGAAAUUCCGAUUCUGUCCUUCACAGUGGUACUUCGGAAAUGGUUUGGGAUGGUAUUAAGAUUCUUCUUGAAUCACCCAUACAUGCGGAUUUAACAUUUAGCAUCUGGCUUCGUUGGGUAUCAUUAACUGGUCCCAGCUCUCGUCCUUCGGAGGAGAUGUUACAGCAAGAAAACUAUUGGAUAUUAAUACAGAACGGUCUUACCACCGGGUUUAGCGAACGCCGAAAGUUCUGUCUCUACAUUCUGAACUCCUCUCUCCGGCUGCUUUCGGAGCCGGUUGACAACAAACUUAUCAAAUAUGACCCAUCAUCAGUAAAGGACUCCGCAGCCUGGUCAAAAUAUUCUACAAUGAUAGAGAUCAUUUCGCUUUCCACGUCGACAAACCAGUUUCUUGCAACAGUCCCCGAUCUUCGUCGUCUUUUGAAGCCAUUUUCGCCAAUAUAUGGAAGUUGGAUAGUGAUUUUGAUGACACUUGGGCUGACAUCUUCGUGCGGGCCAUUGCAGAAGGCUGUAUGGGAGUUCUUGCUGAGCCUUGAAGGUAAAGAGCUGGGGAAGCUGCUUGAAGAUGAAAGGGGGAAGAACUUUAUCAACGAUAUCUUUCUUCCCUACUCAAUCGCAGCCCAUCAUUUCUCCACCCAAAAGGGAAACGAUAACCGUUGUGAAUACGGUGAUAAACUUGCAGGUUUCCUGAAGAAAGUCGUUAUUCAGAGUCGAGAUCCGGCUGCGCUAUUAGAUUUUGUCGAUAAUAGGCAGGAUACCAUUUUUGCGCCAGCGAGAGUAUAUGUAAUGAAAGGUAUUAUGGACGGCGUACUAGAGAUCUUUGGUCAUGGUCUUGGAGUAGAAGAGAUGGCUGUGCUUGUUAGCAUUUCUAAAAUGAAGCGAUUCGCACUGUUAAAAACGGAUUUAUGCAUUUCAAUAUGCUUUAGAAUCCUUCUGUCAAUCAAACUACAUCGAAAAAUGAUCGAACCGUUCUUUGACUCUAUGGCUGAAAUAUUUGCUGGAAAGGAAUACUUAAUCACCGCGAAUUUUUCUCGAUCAUUACGCGAAUUGUUUGCAGACAAUAAUGAUAUCGGCAGAGAACUGUCUUCUGUGCUUGCAGAUCUAUCAAGCUCAUUCGAGACCUAUAAUACAGAGGAUAUUCCAACCAAAAACCUCUUCAGAGCCAUAUUCCUUAUUACUCUUUUCGACGACAGGGGUCAAGGUUUGAGCAAAGUUCUUGAUUCUAUAUCUGUUGACAAAAACAGAUUUAGAUUUCUCUCACUUCUAUUCAGUUGCAAAUUACUCGUUGAGGAAAUACUUCAAGAUUCAGAAGCACGUAAAAUAUUACUAGAAGCGCUUAAAAACAUUGGGAAUGACCUCCCAGGAAAUGUUUCUAGAAGCAAAUACGCGGCGGAACUUGCCGCGUUGUUCUACCAUCAACGCACCCACCAUUUCCUGAACCAACUAUCGAACACAGCGCUUAUGCCGAUUCUCAAGAGCUCGUGGGAUCUAAUACAUAAACAAGGCUGGGUAAAGAUUCCAGGCAACCCAAAACAGAAUGCUGAAUUCGAUAUAGAGGUCGAAAAACUCAGCGGUGAGCUUUUGGCAGUUGGCGAUGCUGCUGUAUCAGCUUUGAUAGAAAAGGGCCACAGGGUAGGUUUUCCUGGAAAGGCCGAGGUCUUGGAACUUAUCAAAAUUUUUCCUUUGCCCAUAUUGGACCAGAAUAAACAUGAAAACAUGGUUAAAUUGAGAGUUGUCGGUAAAUUCCUUUAUAGCGGAUAUAGCUUGUUAAACUCUUUGAUUUCUCAGUCAACUGAAGAAGAGCUGAACGACGAAUAUGUCACAAUCCUUUUCGACACAACACGAAAGAUGCUUCGUUACAUUGACAAAGAAUCCCUCCUCCGAAUCCUCGAGUGCUUUCGAACGGUCUUCCGCAACGCCCCUACCUCUACAAAACGUUAUCCCAGACUAGACCUUCUAGUGCGCGAGCUAUGGGAUUGCGCAGACGUGACAAGCGCGGUUGCGGUUGAAUCACCUCUUGAGAUCAGCUUGAUCAGAACCAUCUUCGAUGUCUCUGUGAUCCGAGCAAGUUUCGAGACAAACAAAGCUUUAGCAGAAACACUACCUGAAAUUGGAAACGAGAUCAUGAAGCUCUCUAAAGGCAAACGAUCCCUCGCCCCUGUUUAUGCAGGCAAGCUCCGUGAGGCCUAUCUGAGCGCGCCGGACGUCUUCUGUGCCUGCAAGUGGGUGGUAGACAUUUUUAUCGAAUUCAUCAACUACACUCCCAGUAAAGACCCAGACUUCUUUGUGGAGAAUUCUGUAGCAAGGAUUUUCGAUGAGAUUUCCUCUCAGCUAAACCAUUACAAACAGUACUACGAAGAAAGAGAGGAGAUGGCUCAAGUCUAUAUAUUUGACAUUCUAUCGAGGCUUGAUCCAAACAGUUUUUCCGCAUCAACGUUUGCAAACUGCCUCCGGGAUAAAAUAUAUGCACCAUGGGCACUGAACAAACCCGGAAUGCCAGUGUAUAGUAAAUGGAAGAAGGCCUCGCAACUCCAAGUUCUGCUGGUGCUGGAGCGCUUUGUGACAGCCGAGGAGAGUGCUUCGUUCUUAAAUACAGCUAUUUCGACUUUGUGCAACGAGCCGCAUCCAAGAUAUCGAUUUAUCCUUGAGUGGAUUGUCGCGUUAUGCAUUAUACGCUUCCCAGAAAAUCGGGACUGCCUAUGGGGAUAUCUUCAAGCCCCAGUAAAUCCAAACCCAAGGUUGCAGGCGUCGUUAUUACGGGUCGCCAUCAUGGUAGCUCGUGAGCUUGAGGAAAAUCUUAAAGAGGAAUUUUACACCGAGUUACUAUAUACUGUAAUUCCGCUCAGUAAUAACAACAAAGUUGCAGUCCGCCAUCAGGCCACUUCAAUGGUGCUUGAGUUAUGGGAUGAUUUGGCGCACAGGCAACACUUGAGAGAUAAUGUUGUUUUCCAACGUCUCAGGCAGUCCAUACUAAACUCAGACUUUUUCAAACAGAUUGUUGCGGCCGGGAAACUCGAAAGCGAAAAGACAUUUAACGCAAAGUCAAACUACACCUUUGCCGGUAUCUUCUCAGGAAGCUAUCUUCUCGGCGGUGAUGAAGCCGACAUAAUCCCGCUCGAACUGUUUGUUUCUCUAAAAAACCAGAAUUCAAGAACAUCUUUCAUUCCCACUGGUACUGCCAAACAGUUGGAGAGCAGCACUGGCGUGGUUGAAUUCACGAAGACCGAGAUGGAAGCUCUUGUUGAGGCUCCACUACAAACAAAGAGCGGAAGCUGGGAUGCAAAGGCUCUCGUCGAAGCAAACGAACACCGGCGGAGCAAAGUCAGCUCUCACAGAGAUCAGGGACCCGACAUUAUUGUCAUCGCAUCUCUCAUCGAAAACGCCUACAACCUCGGCGGCCUCUCCCGCAUCUCCGAAAUUAUGGGUGUGACUGCCCUCUGCUUCAACAGCAAAGACUCCCUGAAGCUCAAAGACUUCACCUCUGUCUCUGUUAGCUCGGAAGCGUGGCUUCCCAUCGAAGAGCUCAAAGUAGCAGACAUCCCAGACUACAUCCGCAGCAAGAAGCUCGCUGGAUAUUCCGCUGUUGGGAUCGAACAAACCGACCGCAGCGUCAUCAUUGGGGAUGAAAACAACCGCCUCCCGAAGAAAGUAGUCCUUCUUCUCGGUAGCGAGAAGUAUGGUAUUCCGGCAGAGCUAUUGGCGGAGCUGGAUCUGUGUGUCGAAAUCCCGCAGAAGGGCGAAACCAGAAGCAUGAAUGUUCAGACGGCGGCUGCCGUCGUGCUCUAUGAGUUUUGUAGGCGCUUUGGAUAA